AUGCUAGACCGCACGCUAGUCUGUGCUCAAUGCACGGCGCGAGUGGCUCGUCCUACUCUCAGAACAAAAAGACCCUUCUCGUUAACUGUCCGCCGUCUGACUAGCAAUGCGAUUGCCAACCGCCCCACCCGCGUGGCCAUUGUGGGCUCAGGGCCUGCGGGAUUUUAUGCAGCUGCACGCCUGUUACGCAAGCAGCAGGAUACGGUGGUUGACAUGUAUGAGAAGCUCCCAGUACCAUUUGGAUUGGCGCGCUAUGGCGUGGCCCCCGAUCAUCCCGAGGUAAAAAAUUGCGAGGAGACAUUUACAGAAGUCGCAACUUCCCCACGCUUCAACUUUGUCGGCAACAUCGACCUCGGUAACGACUUGCCUCUCACUGCGCUUAAACCACAUUACGACGCCAUUAUAUUUGCAUACGGAGCCUCGAAAGACAAAGAGCUUGGAAUACCAGGGGAGAAAGAUCUUCAAAGCGUAUAUUCAGCUCGUGCGUUUGUUGGGUGGUACAAUGGCCUACCCGAACACCGCGAUCUACAACCCGACCUGUCAAGUGGCGAAGAUGCCGUGAUUGUCGGACAGGGUAACGUGGCUCUUGAUGUGGCUAGGAUGUUGUUAACGGAUGUCGAUGCUCUUCGGUCUACUGAUAUCGCCGACUACGCUCUUGAAGCUUUGUCCAAGAGCCGUAUUAAGCGGGUACGGGUCGUUGGCCGCCGAGGACCCCUACAGGCCUCAUUUACAAUUAAAGAGAUUCGUGAAUUGUUGCAAUUGCCCUCCGUUGCAUUUGACCCGAUCCCCAAUGACGUUUUUCCUCCCGAGCAUGUCGUGAACGCAUUACCUCGGGCGCAGAAGCGUCUGAUGCAACUUCUUGGUAAAGGCUCUGCCAAUAGUUCGCAGGAUUCAACCAAAUCCUGGUCAUUGGACUUCCUUCUCUCUCCACACUCUCUCCAUCGGUCACCGAUCCACCCACACCAUCUCACCCAUGCCAAGUUCUCUCGCAACGAACUCGAUUCUGCAGACCCAUACAACCCAAGCUCCAAGGUUACACCCAAGUAUCUUUCCAGUGGAGAACCUGCCAUGGUAAACCUUCCCGCUAGUAUCUUCUUCCGCAGUGUCGGUUAUAAGUCGCUUCCCUUACCCGGUCUCGAAGACAUUGGAAUUCGAUUUGACAAUCAGCGCGGUGUGAUUCCCAACGAUGGGUUCGGUCGAGUGAGGAGCCCUUCGAGUGCAGGUGAGCAGCAGAAGCUGCCCGACGGUUCUAUGAUUACCCAUUUGCCCGGCUUGUACUGUGCCGGGUGGGUCAAACGUGGUCCAACGGGGGUCAUCGCUUCGACCAUGACCGAUGCCUUCACUACAGCCGACUCGAUCAUACAGGACCUUGCCACUCACGAUGGCUCUGGCUCAUUGCUACAUUCACCCGGUCACAGUAGUGGUCUUGGUUGGGAUGGAGUCAAGGCCGAGGCAGAGCGUCGCGGUCUCCGGCCAACGUCCUGGCAGGAUUGGCAGCGCAUCGACGCCGUUGAGCGGGAGCGCGGUCAGCAAAAGGGCAAGAUUCGUGAUAAAAUGGGACGUGUGGAAGACAUGCUCGAGGUUCUCGAUUGA